GUUUUAUCUGCGGUAUCGAAUUAUCUGAAACUCCGCACUUUUAUAAGCGACAUUUGUGCGCUGUGUUUACUGUUUGAGACCAUUAACGCUAUGUUAUACCUGACUGGUUUCCUCCUCGCUUACUUCGUGUAUUUAAAUCGUUUUAUUUAAAUCGAGAAUGGAAUUAUGUUUGUGUAGACAGGGCAGUAAUAAGGUUGUUUCAGAAUCAUACUACCUGAAUGAGUUUUCAUUAUACAUUCGUCACGAGUUUUGAUCACGGUGGCGUGUUGAAAUACGGUAUGACCAGGGUUGCAGACGACAUUCGUUUAGUCGUAUGCGGUGGUUUAUCUAUAGUAUUCCGUGUUUGUAAGAGAAGUUUUAUCUUAAAAGCAUAAUAACUGGAGUUUUAUCAAUCAAUUUUCAAAGGAAGCAUAUAGUGUUAACAAUUUUGGGUGUGUCCUUCGUGUAGUGUUUUACAAAACAUCUGAUAUCUCCAGCUUAUACACCAGGUAAGACGUGGAUAUUGACCUCGCGGCCCAGUUCGCGUAUCUCGGUAACCGGAAGUUCUCCUCAGACGGUAUCAUGGAAGCGGAAUUCGUUGGAAACUACCUUGGUCGAUCCAUACUGACGAAGGGUACGACAGGACUAGGAGUUAUACAAAAACCACUAAGGGAGAAGUACUUUGCGUACCGGAAGUCGCCCGAUAACAAACCCGGACCGGAAGUUGGAAUAAGGGUAAAUCCGCGCGGACUCACGGUAUUAAUGCCCGGAAGUCGUCCUGGUCAGGAUAACGACGAGUUUUAUGAUUUAUCAUCAAUUCAUUUUAUUGAAGCCGUAAGGUUAGUGACACUGAAACAGAAAGACAAAAAGUUUUACGGAGCAUUUAUUCCGAUUCGCGAGGACCCGGCCGCCAUUCAGGAUAAAUUAUAUGUGCAAAUUGAAAAGAAAUAUGAUCACUUGACUAAAAUGCCCCAUCCACCGAUUUUGGCGUGCAUAAUGCGACGCCCAAGCGGUGUUAAAGCAGUAGAUUGCCAUAUGUUUUUAAUCCCAGUUAUUGAAGACGCUUUACAAUUAGCGGAUAUCAUUCACAGAUUUCAAGAUCGCCCGCCGAACCCCGAUGCUUAUUACAGCGGACAACCACUAAAUGAACGAAGCGACUUCUCCCCUAGAGGCCCGGACUUGAACACUAAAAAUCUAGGGCGCGGUGAGCCGCCUAAAGUUGACACUGGGGGCUAUGAAAUUUAUAGGGGAGGAGGUCGUGGUUUCGAACUUCGUCAGGAACAUUUUCGCGGUGGUGAUCACAGACCACAAGAGCGACCCAAAUCGGAGGAGCCCAACAGAAGUUUUGAACGGGAACGUCGUAGUUCGGACUAUGCUUACCCGCAACGUGACCCGAGAGAUUUCGGAUUUCCGGGUCUUGGACCUGGAGCUCCUGAUCGCAAACAAUCCCGGGAAUAUUCGAGACCGGAUGGCGGUUAUGUUGAACAGGACAGUUUUGGAGAGGAACAUGAAUUCGAUAAUCGCAUAAGCAAUACACGUGAGCGAUUUACAGACAAUAGGAGCUUUGAGGAACCCAGGAUGGGGCAACCGCGUAUAGGCGGACUAUCGCCUAGAAAUGAUUACACCGACCGGCCUGGGGGCGGGUUGUCCCCUCGGGUAGAAUACCAGGGCGGGAUGCAGCGCCCGCCUGAUAAUUAUCUGGGAAUGGGACGUCCUGGUGAUCGCCAAAUGCCCGCAUGGCAGGCGCCACCACCAGGACGGGAGGGUUACAGAGGCGACCCCAAAGACUAUAAUGCGGCACCAUUCUCUAGGCCUUACGGACCGCCGCCUGUUUCCCGCUCCCCGCCGGUCAGUCCUAUGGCGCAAUCCUCAUCACGUCCUCUUUCCCAGGACGAAGAAAUAUUUUCGGCUUCAAACCUUGAAAGCAGACUUGAAACGGAGGCAAGCGGUAAACCCGUCGCCAAAGUACCACCGAGCCGCCAAGGUGUUCGUGUAUUACCGUCUCUUCCCAUUAAAGACGCUCUUACUCAGUUGAAACCCGUGCCGAAAAAGAUUGAUAACACACAUGACGAUUCCAUGAAAAGAGACAGCAAACCGCCGUCAUAUAAUUUUAACACUGAUGCGCAAGAACCUUUCCUCGAUGAAAAUCCCUACGACAACGCCCCGGAUAAUCACAACUUGCGUCCCAAACGAGUAUUGUCCGAAAAGAGCCCUACUGUUGAAAGACGAGAGAACGGCGCUCGGACGGAAACAGGGGGCAAACUGCAUAGUGACGAUUACAGUCAUGCGUACAAUCCCCGACCAGCCAAUAAUAUGCAGUGGUCGUACAAUGACGAACGGGAAAAGUAUAUGAACGACCGAAAUUCUAGCAGGACUGCUUUUCAGUCGGGAAAUUCGGAAUCGACUCCGAAGAACGAAUACAGUCCGGAGUUUGUUAGGAAAUCAGCAAAUCCGAAAGAUUUAGAAAUCGAGGAAAUGUUUUCGUACUUAGACGUAGGGGACAGUAAUCGAGACGAUGGUGAUUUUGAACAAUCAUUGGGUUAUCUUCCUUGAGUGUGUUUAUGCGAGUAUUGAAUGUCGGAAACAAAUAUGCACAGUUGUAGCAAAUGGUACUACGGAGUCAACUGUAUACAUAUGAAGCCAUACGAAGUCAAUUUUUCAUGCAUUCGCUAGUAAUUUACACAGAAAGCUUCACUUAAACCUCUCGCCAGUUUGUUUAUUGCAAUGCAUUAGUUGCACACCAUGCGGUACUACAUAAACAGGUUAUUAUACACUUGUACAUGUAUCCGCACAUGAUAUCGUAGAAAUUAAAAUAAUAAAAUGUUCAUUCCUUGUGUUAAAAACUUUUCAAAAAGUGAUAUAUGAUGGUUUAACACAAACUUUAUAAUAAAUUUACUAUAUUAAUGUUUUCUGUUAUACAUGUUCACACAAAUCGUAUAUUAUAUAUAUAUAUAUAUAUGUUUCUAAUGAUCUGUCUUAAGUUAACAGAUUUAAAUGCAGGUACUUUUAAGGUGUCCUCACUUAGUUUCGAUCCGAAAACACUUGAUCAAAAGGGCUAACGCCUCAAUCAGUCAGUUAUUUCAGUGUUUUGAUUAACUUAUUAAUUCAGCACGCGAUUUGCCAUGUCGCAAGCAAUAUAAAAAGACAGAAUCUCCUUAACAUAAGAAUUGAGGUUAAACCUUACCUAAAUUUUUUUUUCAAAUGAAUAAUUCGAACGCUUAAUAUUUUAUAGUUUAUGCCUGUAGUGUUAUUUCGCUCCAUGGUAUACAAUAUCAUUAUGGCGAUUAAUUAUGGACAUUUUUCAUUUUCAUAAAACUGUUGACAGCUCUUUUUGAUGGAUACUUUUCCCCUUUUAAUUCACAUGGCUUGCAAAAAGCUCACUAGACAUGCAGAACUAUGUUUGUCAAUUUUCGGAUGAAUAAGUAACAUUGCACUUUUUGGAGACUGACUGAAUUCCGCUAAUUGCAUGGUCACACUAUCUCACUGCAAUUUUCAUUAUUGUAAUACGCAUGGUAACAUUUUAUGCGAUGCCCUUUAAGGACAUUUAUUAACCUCUAAUUUAUUUUUAACAAUUAGAAAAGUCAUUGAAAGUUGUGUUAUUCAUAUGAUAUCGAUUAGGUUGUUGAAGAAGCUGUUUUUUUUAAAGCAUAAAUAUAUUUUAUUUUCUAUGUCAAUUCAAUUAUUACUCGAUUUAAAAUCAUAUAAAAUAUCACUUAUUCUGUUUACUCUGAAAUCAAAGCUGGGAUAUUGCAUACGAAACGUUAUAUAGCUUGGCAUAGUAACAACUUGUUUAGCGUUUAGUUAUGUUUACAAAAUGGCAUGCUUAAUUCAGAACAAAUUGCCUCAGUUUGUUAUUUUUUAGUGUUACAUUUUUUUAUUUCGUAAAAUCAAAAUAUAUCUUACAACGUUAAAAGUAAAAACUGAUAUCUUUUCACCGUUCAAUGUUUGUGCUUUAUGAAUGUUUACUGCAGAAAAUAUUAAUGCGAUGAUAAGUAAUUUAGUCAUUUUUAUUUGUUAAUAGUGACAACUUAAUUCACUCUUCUAUUUAACUCUUAACCACUUAAUAACGUAUUUUAACGCAUGUGUAGUCCCUUAGAAGUUAUCUUUAAUUUAAGACCUUUCUUACUAGAUUCAAAUUUACCGUGCUGUUGUUGACAACAGCUUUCUAUGCCCCCGGAUCGAAUGAUCGGGGGCAUAUUGUUUUUGGCCUGGGUGUCCGUCAUUCUGUCAUUCUGUCCCAAAACUUUAACCUUGGUCAUAACUUUUGCAUUAUUGAACAUUUUGAGUGGUGAAAGGUCAAGAUCAUCCUGCAAGGUCAAAGGUUAAAACCCAAAUCCAAGGGAAGUAAUAAGCUUUAAAGGGAGAUAAUUAUCUGUACCUACCAAAUGAUAAAAAAAAACUAAAUCAAAGCGGCGCAGUAGGGGGCAUUGUAUUUCUGACAAACACAUCUCUUGUUGUAAUUGUUUUAAGACAAUUAUAAGUAUUACUGAAAAUUACAUGAAUUUACUGUUAGAUUCUCAAUAUCUGUUUUUAUUUAUUGUGAUAGUGUAAAAUACAUGUGACUAUAUUGUUCCGAUUAACACCACUGUAGCUUAUACCUAUGCCAUACGCGCAGUCUGGUGAAGAGCUAAGCUGUCCGCUUUUAAGUCACGUAAUGUUUCUCGGUCUCAUUAGGGUCGCUCCCGACCAGACUGAGUUGAUGCGCGGACAUGUUUGGAGCUACGCUGUUUGCAUUUGGCACAAGACCCAUAUUCGUACAACGCAACUCAAAGUUACCUUUAUAGCAUUAUGAGCAUUGGAAUAUCAAAUAAUAUUGUAUGCAUUUUUUAUGUUGUGUAAUUUAACAUAUUCAAAGCCAAAAUAGUACUAAUUGUUAUCACUUACAUUUAACUGGCGUUUUAUUCGUAAAUAAAAGGAUGUACUUCUAAAGCCUUACUCGAGAAAUCAAUACAUAUUAAUAUAUACUCAAGUUUAUAUUGAUAUUAUGAUUAUUCUAAAUAUUUUCAGAGGGUAAGUGUGAACACUUAACAUGAAUUUAUAGACAUCGACGUAGACUUUAACGAAACAUAUACGUUUGUGGCAGCCCAUUCCCUUCUUAUUUUCAGACGCGUCAUUCAUGUUACUUAAGAUUUUAUAUAACGAUCAUGUCUGGGUGGAUUUCUAUGACAUUUUCAUUUAAUUAAAAUGAUAUUGUUUCGACGACAAUGUUUUGUUUUUCCAAAUGUAUUAAGCGUUUCUAUGAUAAUGUAUUAUGCGCAUUCGGAUGUUCGAUUAAUAUUGAUUACACGGAAGAAAAGUUAUCACAUACUAAUAUGUACAUAUGAAAUUAAAUGUGUAAACAGUUGAAUGUCUUUUUUCACAUGUUAAUGGACAUCCUCAUUAACCCGUUUAUGCCUAACGUCUAGAAAAAAGGCCUUUGCAAACAGCGUAGACCCAGAUGAGACGCCGCAUAAUGUGGCGUCUCAUCAGGGUCUACGCUGUUUGCUUAAAAGUAUUUAUGGGAGAAAUAUUCUUAAAAUAUAGCAAUAAAUUAACUAGACAUCCCUAAUUUUGGAAAUAAAUUGAUCCAAUUAAGAAGAAUGGGAGAGUCCACUAGGCAUAAAUGGGUUAAGCGAUCAAUCGUAGUAUGACGAACUAGUGGAGGAAGGCGAUGAGAGCAUACCGUAUUUCGAAAGCAGACACCGUUUUUUUAAGGAUACACUGUUUAUAAACAUAGCAGUGAGGGUAAUGUCCAAGGACUGCAUAUUCAAACGAGCAUGUAUAUAUAUAUAUAUAUAAUUAUAUAUUGCGCGACUUGUUGUUUCUCAUUUAUUAAGAAUUUCACACUUUUAAUAUGCGUUUUGGUUGUGUUUAUUGUACAUAUCAGUUGGUGCAAAAAGUACCGGUAAUACAUAUGUUCUAUUACUGUCAACCGGGUAACAUUAUUAAGUGUUGUUAACAACUCUGUAGUUCUUUUGAUGAAUUGACGUAUUUAUUGUCUUAAUAUUUUUGCUGUUAAAUCGAAACGGAAAUCAAACAUUUUAUAAUGUGAAAUAAAAUAGCCAGAACAAUA